GUCAGAAGCAAAGUUUGUCCUCGACGCUGGGCAAUUUAGCAGCCCAUAGCUCGCCAUUAGCGAUCUGAUUCUCUCUACACCCAGAAACGAAAUACGUCAAAUUCCACAAAACCCAUAAAGAAAGUGGAAUUUUUUUCUUAUAAUUUCUCCCUCUCCAGGAUAGUUGAAGGAAGAGAAAAGUUAUGGCGCUUUCCCGGUUUAGAAAUCCUGUGAUCUCACGCGCCCCUUCUCUUUUCAGAGCUCGCUUUCUUCCCUCCACCUACCAUUCCUCCUCUGGAUCCUUAGCUCGCUGUUCCAGUGGGCAAAACUCUUCUGUGGAUGGCAACUGCUCUCUGCUAAGGCUGGCUUCCUCAUAUGGAGUACAUGAUAGUUCUUGGAAGCUCAAGUUGCGAACUGGUUUUCGUCAUUUCUCAUCUACAGACCUUCCACCUCAUGCAGUCAUUGGAAUGCCAGCUUUAUCUCCUACAAUGACUCAAGGUAACAUAGCAAAAUGGAGGAAGAAAGAAGGAGAUAAGAUAGAAGUGGGCGAUGUACUGUGUGAAAUAGAGACAGAUAAAGCUACACUUGAGUUUGAAAGUCUUGAAGAAGGGUUUUUGGCCAAAAUACUGGCACCUGAAGGUUCAAAGGAUAUUCCUGUAGGACAACCCAUCGCAAUAACGGUUGAGGAUGCAGAUGAUAUCCAAAAUGUCCCAGCAACUGCCAGCAGUGGAGCACAGGUUGAAGAGGAAAAAUCAUCUGACAAGGAUUCCAAUAGUGAAGACAAAGGAACCACCUCUAUUAAGCUCAACACGUCUGAACUUCCUCCUCACAUUGUUCUUGGAAUGCCAGCAUUAUCACCAACAAUGAACCAAGGUAAUAUUGCCAAGUGGAGAAAAAAAGAAGGAGACAAGAUAGAAAUGGGUGAAGUCAUAUGUGAGAUAGAGACAGACAAGGCCACCCUUGAAUUUGAAAGUCUUGAAGAGGGGUAUUUGGCUAAGAUACUGGCACCAGAUGGUUCAAAGGAUGUGGCAGUGGGACAACCAAUUGCAGUCACGGUUGAAAAUCCAGAUGAUAUUGAAACUGUAAAGACUAAUUUUAGUGGUAGCAUGGAGGUGAAGGAAGAAAUAUUGACCCAUCGUGACUCAAAGGAUGAUGGUAGAGAAGAAAAGACAAGUUUUACAAGGAUUAGCCCCUCUGCUAAGUUGCUGAUUUCAGAGUAUGGAUUGGAUGCAUCAUCAUUAAAGGCAUCUGGUCAUCAUGGCACUCUUCUAAAGAGUGAUGUUUGGGCUGCAAUUAAGUCAGGAAAGGGAUCUUCAAGAAAAUCUACACCUAAGGAUAAAGCAGCUCCAUCUCAAAAAGGCUCACAAGCUUCAACCACAGCUUUACCAGAAUCUCACCCACAGCGGUCAGAUUCUUUUGAAGAUUUGCCAAAUACUCAAAUUCGCAAGGUCAUAGCAAGAAGGUUAUUGGAAUCAAAACAAACUACACCACAUUUGUAUUUAUCAACAGAUGUUAUACUGGAUCCUCUUCUUUCUUUCAGAAAGGAGCUCAAAGAGCAACAUGAUAUUAAGGUGUCAGUAAAUGACAUAGUCAUCAAAGCUGUUGCAAUUGCUCUGCGAAAUGUACCAGAAGCUAAUGCGUAUUGGGAUGCUGAGAAAGGAGAAAUCAUUUUGUGUGAUUCUGUAGACAUAUCAAUUGCAGUUGCUACUGAGAAGGGCCUAAUGACUCCUAUUGUUAGGAAUGCGGACCAGAAGUCCAUUACAUCUAUCUCCUCAGAGGUUAAGCAACUAGCUGAGAAAGCUCGGGCAGGGAAGCUUGCUCCAAAUGAGUUUCAAGGAGGGACGUUCAGCAUUUCGAACCUAGGAAUGUAUCCAGUGGACCAAUUUGCUGCAAUUAUAAAUCCCCCUCAGGCUGGCAUCCUAGCUGUUGGUAGAGGGAAUAAAGUUGUUGAACCAGUACUUGGAAGUGAUGGAACUGAGAGGCCUGCAGUGGUCAACAAAAUGAACUUGACAUUAUCUGCUGAUCAUCGUGUUUUUGAUGGCAAAGUUGGAGGUGCAUUUCUCACAGCUUUGCGUUCCAACUUCAGUGAUAUCAGGAGACUUCUUCUAUGAGGCCCUCAAACUACAAAUGGGUUUCAAAAAAUAAGACUCGACAGAGCACGUUAUGCGAGAGCAGCAGCUAGCUAGGAAAUUUGUUCAAGGGAUAUUUUUCACCAAUACAAUUGUUUGUGAUGUGCCAUUUUUACAAAAUUUUGCCAUUCAUUGAACUCGUCCUGUUAAUAGUUAGAAUUUAGAGCUGAUGUUCAGGUGCUGAUUCAGGCAAGUUUUUUGCCAUAUGUGAAGAUCAUGCAACAGUUUGAGGUUUAUUUCAAUAAGAAAAAUUGCAAUGUAUGAGCAAAUUAUGGAAAAUAUGCACUGCUUCUUAAUAAAUUGCCCUGCAGUUUUAUACCAGAA